GCUUAGUAUAUCUAUCAACAUGAGGUCCGUGCCUCAGUCACCGCCUCCCCGCCAAAAGCCACGACAUCAUCCAGGCCGUCUUCCUUUCCCACAUCAAACACCCACCCCUCACUCUGCACCCUCACCCAUGCAUGGCGCAGCUCCUCCCUGCCUCCCACACCCGCAUGACCGCGACCGUCAGCCACGUACAUGACCAAAGGGUCCAGCUGCAGUUGCUCGUCUGUACUGUGACGCGGCACACGCAGGUACCUCUCGAUGACAGCAAAUGCCUUCUCCUUGUGCGGAUAAUGGCGCAGAAGGAUUCCGAUCUUGUGCACAGUGGGAAUGACAGCCGAGCUGGUGGCGGACUGCAGGAGGCCCGCCAGCUCGAGCGAUGUCAGGAUGUGGCCGAUGCGAUAGAGGGACAGCAGCUUCAUCGCUACCUCCACGGGCACGCACUCACUGUCCCCAUUCACAGCCUCUGCUGAGAGCUGCCGAUAGGCUGCCAUCUCUCCAGCAGCAGCCCGAAUGAGGAAGCGGGCAAAACCGGGCAGAUCGACGCUGUUGUUCUCCUUGAGCUGAGCCUGGCAGAUGGAUGAGGGUGGCGGGUGGCCGUGGCGCGUUGCGAUGGCUUUCAGAUCCAACACCAAAACCCGCAGCAUGUCACGAAUAUUCAGAGCGUUGAUCUGACACACACACACACACACACACAGAGAGAGAGAGAGAGAGACCGUAUCAAAGAAACAGUAUGUGUUCCUCAUCCACACCCUUGCACUGACCCAGUUGUGAUUGAUGGCCAUGCAGUCCGUUUCAUUGCACACCUGGUGAUACCACCCGCCAGGCACAAACACAACAUCGCCUCCACAGCUCUCAACCUCCACAUACGGCGCACGGCUGACAUCCGGGAACUUCCUCUUGUCGUAGCUCCUCAGGUCGGGCACGAGGGAUGUCCCUGACGCAUCCAUGAGCAUGUGGGCGUCGUCUGGAUCGAAGAAGCGCCACCGUUUCCUGCCAACGAUAUUGGCUGACCAGCUGUUGCUUCCCAGCACAUCCAUAUGGAUCGGCGUCGUCGUCCCUGCCUUACCUGCAUGAGGUGCAGGACCGAAAGCCAUAUGCGCAAGGCAUACUUGUGAGUUAUGUGCUGUGCUCACCCCAGUAGACGAAUCGAUAGUCCUCAGAAGGCUGCAACCGGUAUUUGUUGAGCCAAUCGUCAGCAAAGAAGCUCGGCACGGGAUAGAGAGAAGAAGAGUCGCCCCUGAGCACCUCCUCGACGUAGCGCCAGUCCUUCAGAUAGAGCAAUGGAUCGUCAUCAGCCUCGCCGCGGCGCUCCCAGUAGUCCAGGAAGGCGUGCAGACCCAUCUCCUCGCACUCAAACCCAUCACCAAUUCGACAUCUCUCCACAGACACAGGCACAUCAGCAUGCUCACGCCGAAGUCGUUGGAUGUCAGGCACGCCAUCCUUCUGCCACUUUGCAGCCGCCGGCCAACCCUCUGCAAGGCCACGCAGCACCACAGGCACCCGGGGAGCCAUGAACUUUUGUACGAAUGACUCGUAAGUGAGCCGGGAUGGGUCGUCGACGACGUGAAUCUGACGGGGAGUGCGUUG